AGGACCUCUUCCUGGGAAAGUACUGAACUACACCUGCAUCUGCUAGCAGUGGUACAUGGUCACACUACUGUGUGCAUUAUUCUUGCUCUGGACGAGGCUAACUCCAGAAUGGACAUCAAAUCAUGGCAUAGUAUCUACAUGCUUCUCUCUGGUCCAGUUUCUGUUCCAUUGACUUGAGGUGAUACUUUUUUGUGGAAGUCUUCGCUGUAUACAGAUUUAUCUGUAUCUAACAAGAUGUUCUUGGAACAGUUCUCAGAAGAAACAAUCAUACCUGCAAACUGGCCUCACAUAGGUAACACUGAGAAUGUGUGAGUAUCCAGGACACUGAGGUGGUGUUAGUCUAUGUUGGACUCUGAUAGCCAAGUGUAAGAGCACCUUGCUCGUCAGUGCACCAGGUGUUCCCUGGGUCAGUACCAAGAGAGGAGAAAGAACUUGAAGAUGCGCUCUAAUGGUGUCUGGGAUGAUAGUAGACCUCCCAGACAUGGAAGAAAAUCCUGCCUCCCUUUUGGCACUUUGGAAUCAGCACCAAGAAGGGUACCCAUAAAUUUUCUGUUGGGAGAAGAGAAGGAUACUCCAUUCAGACUCAGAAUCUGAAUACAGAACCAGGACAUGUCUGAGACUGUGCUGGGCAUCCAGCUCUCUUGUAGAGACAGAAACUCCAGAGACAGCAGCCAAGUGGGUUUGGGAGGAGAGAAGCUCAGGAAAUAAGGGAAUCAACACAAGAUGCAACAAAUGUACCAGUGCCACAGUUGGAGAAUUCUGGCUCCCUAGCUGAAGCAUUUGAUCAGAUGUCUGCCAACAUAAGUGAUGAUUCUUGACAAAUUUUCCUGACAACAAAUGGAAAAGAAGGAAAACAUGUUGCUUUUUGACUUCUAGAAAGACAUGGGAAGGGACACUGGAGUUUACAAAAUGCGUUCCGGAAAAUGGAAGUUCGAAGAUGAUAAAAUAAACUGAUUUUCUGAUUGCUGAGACAAGUCUAGGGAAGAGGACAGAGAAACUAUGGCAGGGAGACUGCAUAAUGGGGAAAAGAAGCUGGGAGAGCAAGAGUUCCAGCAGAAGCUGUUCAGGGAGUACAUGCAUUGCUCGAAGGCUGGCUGCACGGCUUUGAGACAACAGCAGAAAAGAAGAAAUGGAGUCUCAAUGAUGGUAAACAAGACUGUUCCUCGUGUUGUUUUGACACCAUUAAAGGUGUCCGAUGAGCAGUCGGAUUCACCUUCAGGAUCGGAAUCUAAAAGUGGUGAAGCAGAUGGUUCUGAUAAAGAGAUGAAACAUGGGCAAAAGUCUCCAACUGGAAAGCAAACAAGCCAGCACUUAAAGAGGUUAAAAAAAUCGGGUUUAGGACAUUUGAAAUGGACCAAAGCUGAGGAUAUUGACAUAGAAACACCGGGAUCUAUUCUAGUGAACACUAACCUGAGGGCUUUAAUAAAUAAACACACCUUUGCUUCUUUACCUCAGCAUUUUCAACAAUACCUCCUGCUUUUGCUUCCAGAAGUAGACAGGCAGAUGGGGAGCGAUGGAGUUUUGCGCCUCAGUAGCUCUGCUCUAAAUAACGAGUUCUUCGCAUAUGCAGCGCAAGGGUGGAAACAGCGACUGGCAGAAGGAGAAUUUACACCAGAAAUGCAGUUGCGCAUCAGACAAGAGAUUGAAAAGGAAAAGAAAACAGAACCUUGGAAAGAAAAAUUCUUUGAAAGGUUUUAUGGUGAAAAGUUGGGAAUGUCAAGAGUAGAAUCAACGAAGCUCACUGCAGUGCAGAACAAUGAUGAAGCUGAAAGCAAUUCUUUGUGUGGAUCUUCUGGCACACCUGGUCCUACUAAGCAAGCAACCUUUGAGGAUCAAGAGGAGAAAGGUGCUAAAGUUCCACCUUUACCAGAGAGAGAUUAUAGCCCAUCUCAUUGUAAAAUGGAACAGGUUCCUGUCAAGGAUCUAACAGCAGAUUCUGAAGAUAUACUGAUACCUGAAGAAUCAGUCAUUCAGGAGGAAAUUGCUGAAGAGGUCGAGACAGGUAUUUGUGAAUGCCAAGAGGAGAACCAUAAGCCAGAACAGGAGUUUUCUCAGGAGUCUGUAAGUCCAGCUGACACAAAUGAGGAAACAGAGGCAGUACAGCUUGCAGACAGCACUGAGUCCUGUGUCAUGAUGAAUGAUGUAACUGAUACUGAAUCUCGCAUUGAAAUUAAAGUAGAGUUGAAGUCAGAAUGCCCUCAGGAGGAGAUGUCAGUUGUGAUAGACCAGCUGGAGGAUUGCAUAUCACCAGCACGAUCAGCUUCUUCCACAAACUCUGUCAUAGGUACAGUUGAGAAGGAUUCUGAGUCUGCAAAAGAGCUAAUUGUGCCAGAAAUGCAAAGUACUGCUCUGGGAGGCUCCUUGUUCACUGGUGAAGGCAUUGCAGUGGAUAUGGAGCUUCAUAGCGACCCUGAGGAACAGUUGUCUGAGAAUGCAUGUAUUUCUGAAACUUCCUUUUCCUCUGGAAGUCCAGAAGUUUGUAUUGCCUCUCCUGGAGGAGACACUCAAUCGACUUCAGAGGAAGCCUGUACUCCAGUAUCUCUUGAAACAGCUUGCUCAUCUGAAGUGUCCAGUUCUGAAAAUAUUGAAGGUGAUAUUCAGCAAAAGGCCAAUGAUGAAAACUUGCACGCACCCUUAAUGUCAGAAAUGUCUCCAAUGUCCACCUCACCUGUAACCUCAGAAGCAUCUUUGAUGUCAAAUUUACCUUUAACAUCAGAGGCAUCACCAGCUUCUAAUUUGCCUUUAACAUCAGAAACAUCUCCAAUGUCUGAUUUGCCUUUAACAUCAGAAACAUCUUCAGUAUCUUCUGUUCUUCUAACUUCUGAAACAUUUGUGACAAAUAGUUUGCCUCUUCCAUCAGAUAUAUCUCCAGUUUCUAAUUCCCCAAGCAGUGAAAGACUUACUCUACAACAAAGGAAAUCUCCAUGUUUGUUGGAAGACUCCCUUCCCACUCUGAAAGAAAAAAGCUCUGUCAUUCCUAAUGUGGUUCAAGAAGAGAAUCUUGUUCAGCCCAAACAACUUCAGAGUGCCUCUGAAAAUAUGAAAGUUGGUCCACUAACAAUUAUACCUGAUACUUCAGUAUUGGAAGAGUCCCAAAGCAAAAACCUCAGUCAUCAGCCAUGUAAGUCACAUUCUGAAAUUGAGAAAUCUUACAUUGCUUCCAUCCCAGAACACACUCCUCCAGAGGUGAUCAAAAAUAAAAAUCACAGUGUUCAGCAAAGAAGUGACAAGAAAGGUACACUCUUGCCUUCAGAGGUGUCUGUCUUAUCAGAAGGAUCACUUGGCAAAAAUAACGAAUUGCUUCCAUCAAAGCCACAUGAUAAACUAUAUACCUCAUCUCUAGAGAAAGCUACGUUUUCUGAAGUGUGCAGAAGUAAAUCUCACAAGCUAACAGGCAUCACCCAAAGUCGUUUAGAGAGUUCACAUUCUUCCAAGUCUUUAGAACCCACAAAAUCACCAGAAGCAAGAAAUGAAAGUAGAGACCCAGAGAUCCCAAAGAGGAAAACAGCAGAACAGCACAGUUUUGGAAUCUGUAAAGAGAAGAGAGCUAGAAUAGAUGAUGAUCUGCCUAUUCGUAGUGCUUCAUCAACAAGUCCAUCUGAUAAAGAACAGCCACCCAGAGAGGAACCCCGAGUUCCACCCCUUAAGAUUCAGCUUUCAAAAAUUGGACCACCUUUUAUCAUCAAGAGCCAGCCUGUUUCUAAACCAGAACCUCGAGUUUCCUCAAGUACAUCAGCCAGCAGUGGGAGAAACACUGGGGCUAGAACUCUGGCAGAUAUCAAAGCAAGAGCUCAGCAAGCAAGAGCCCAAAGAGAAGCUGCAGCUGCAGCAGCCGUGGCAGCAGCUGCCAGCAUAGUCUCUGGUGCAAUGGGGACCCCAUGCGAAGGUGGAAAGACAAGAACACUGGCACACAUCAAGGAGCAAACAAAGGCCAAGCUAUUUGCAAAGCAUCAAGCCAGAGCUCAUUUACUCCAGACUAAUAAAGAAUCUAAGUCACAGUUCAGCUCAAAGGAAAGUAGUACCUCAUCUCUGGAGAUACCAACGACUACUGACACAAAGAUUGAAGGUUCUACUGGUGUCAUUAUAGUUAAUCCUAACUGCAGGUCCCCUAGCAACAAGUCUUCUCAUCACCGUGAGACCACCACUUUAUUGCAGCAGUCCCUUAACACAGCUACAUUACCAGAAACUGCUACUGAGAUACCUGUGCACAGUUCUGAUGAAAAUAUACCUGUGCCACAAUUGUGUGAGAAAAUUAUUUCAUCUACCUCUACUGAAAGUAACAGUGUGCCAGUGCUUUAUAAUAAAAGUUCAGUCUCUGUGUGUGUUUGCAGCACUGCUAUGUCUGGAGCAAUUAAAGAACUUUCUUUUGCAAGUUCUGUUGAUAAAUCCUCUGUGUUAAUGUCUGUUGACAGCGCAAACACAGCAAUUUCAGCCUGUAAUAUAAAUAUGCUGAAAACCAUCCAAGGGGCUGAUACUCCAUGCAUAACUGUUGGACCAAAAUGUAUUGAUAACAGUAAUGUACCAGUCUCCAUAGACAACACAGUCUUAUCAAACGCCAUCGAUGACAAAAGGUUGCCAGUGCCCAGUAGCAAUGUGAAUAACACAGUCUCCGGUCAUUAUGCCACUGUGCCAGCUUCAUCUAUUGCCAGUAACUUGCCAAAUCAUCUCUCUGGUAGUUCUGUACUGAUUCCCCCAGUGGGGACUACCAACAGAUUUCCUUCUGAUAAAAUAGCCAUAACUGGGUGUAGCGAGCAGAGCACUGUCUCCAUCCACACUACCGUCAGGUCAGCUUUAAGUUGCAGUGAGGCCCUUGCAGCAGCAGAUUCUGUUGCAAGGCCACCUAUCUCAAUGUUUACUGGUAACAUGGUGACAAUAAGCUCUUACGAUAAUGCUACUAAAUUGAAUGCUGAUCUCUUAGAAAAAAGCUCUGGAGCACGAAACCGGAUGGAUCUCUCUGGUAAAUCUCAUCCACUGAGCUUUCCGCAAACUGCCAUGAAUAGGUCUAUACCUUGUAAAGUCAUUGUUGACCACACAACAAACCAGAAUUCCAGUCUGUCACUUUCUUCCUCUAUUGAAAACGUAGAGAACAGCAUUGACCUGCAGAGCAGACCUGUAAGGACAGAAGCUGCCUUACAAAGUAUAGCUUGUCCUCAGGUGUCUGUCAUAAGCAGGCCUGAAGUGGUUGCUAAUGAAAACCUUGAACACAGUUCCAGCUUUAUUGCCAUUACAGCAAAGCAAGACAGCAAAAACUUGCAGGCAGGUUGUUCAAGUCUUCGAGAAGUGCCUCUUGCUCCUCAAGAUAAAUUAAUUGAGGUGGUUACUACCAGCCAAGGCUUUGCUGAGCAACUAAGAGGUCCUUCAGCACUGAAAAAUGAAGCCAAUGCUGCCUGUGCCAAUCAGUACAACACUAACAAUAGAAUUUGUUGGCGUGAUGAGGAGGCAAUGAAUACAGACCAGCCAGUGGUCAGCCAUCUUACCUCUGGUAAGCAUAAGGAGUACGCAGAGCAAAAUUGCUUGAAAAAUGUCAAAAGCGAACCUUCCAGUUACACACAAAUGUCAGAACUGCAAUCCAGGAGUCUUUUGACAAGCAUUGCUGUUCCUGUUAAACUGGAAACUAAUGAGACUGACAAGUGCUUCAGGAUGGACACCGAGGAUUUUACAGGACCUGAAAUGCCUGCCCAGACUGCAGAAAUAGCCACGAGUGUGCAGCCACCACAGACCUCCAAGACAUCCAUUGCGGACUCCAUGGAAGACUCCCUGUCCCUGACAACGGAAACCCUAAAGAGAGUUACGAGUGCCGGGAGCUCUAGCUGUCGCUUGUCGUCAGUGGAGGCCAACAAUCCCUUAGUGACACAGUUACUGCAAGGCAAUCUGCCUUUAGAAAAAGUGCUGCCGCAGCCCAGAUCAGGAGCCAAACUAGAAAUUAACAGGCUUCCCUUGCCUUUGCAAACUACCUCAGUAUGUAAAACAGUAGUGGCUGAGAGAAAUAUUGUUGAACAUGCUUCCAACUCUCCUAAUCCAGAUGGUAAAGGAUUUACAGCAGGCAGUAUAGCCCCGCUACAAAUCAGAAAGCGUGAAAACCAUCCGAAAAAGAGGAUGGCCAGGACUAUAGGGGAACAUGCUCAAAUUAAAUGUGAGCCUGGGAAGGUGUCAAUGGACACAGAUGUUAAAGUGGCUCCUUGUGUAAUUAGUUCCAGCAUGAAUCAACUAGGGCACGGACAGCCAUUUAAGCAGGAGUGGCUUAAUAAGCACGCCAUUCAGAGCCGGAUCGCUCACAGCCCAGAGAUCAAGCAGCAGAAGAGACCAUUGCCUUCAUGCAGUUUCCAGCAGAGCUUAUUUCACAUUGACAAAAAUGGCAGCUUUCACGCAGAAGCCAGUACCUCACAUAGACAGCAUUUUUACCAAAUGUCCAUGGCUGCAAGAGGCCCCAUUCCUACGGCAGCUUUGUUGCAAACUACUUCAAAAGGCCCACCUGGCUGCAACGCAUUUGCUUUUAGCAGACACCUGGAACAAAAGGGUUUGGGAGACAUGAAUAUUUCUACAGCAGCUCACCAACUGAGACUAGGAAGUGUGUUUUCCUCUAAUAUUCAAAUUAAGGAAGGUGAUGACAUUGCCAGUGCCUCUCAAACUCUGCAGAGUAAAACAUUAGCGCAUCCCCCUGCUCCCCCUCCGCCCCUGCCACCUCCUCCCCCUCCUCACCCAAAUGCAGAGGUCCCCUCCGAUCAAAAACAACCGACAGUUACUAUGGAAACCACUAAAAGACUUAGUUGGCCUCAGCCAGCAAGCAUCUGUAGCAAUAUAAAAUCUGAACCUAUUUCUUUUGAGGAAGGUUUAAGCAGCAGCUGCGAACUGGGCAUGAAACAAGCUUCCUAUGAUCAGAACGAAGUGAAAGAACAGUUAAAAGCGUUUGCAUUAAAAAAUGCAGAUUUCUCUUCCUAUUUACUUUCUGAGCCACAGAAGCCUUUUACCCAACUUGCUGCUCAGAAAAUACAGAUGCAGCACCCACAGCAGCAGCAGCAACAGCAGCAGCAGCUCUGUGGAAAUUAUCCAACAAUACACUUUGGUAGCACAAGUUUCAAAAGGGCAGCAUCUGCAAUUGAGAAAUCGAUUGGGAUUUUAGGGAGUGGUUCAAACACUGCCACAGGCCUGUCUAACCAGAACACGCAGAUCCCGGUUCAGAAAUUUGCUGACAGCAGCAAUGCCGAUGAGCUGGAACUGAAAUGCUCCUGCAGGCUGAAAGCCAUGAUCGUGUGCAAGGGCUGCGGAGCCUUCUGUCAUGAUGACUGCAUAGGGCCUUCCAAACUGUGUGUAGCUUGUCUGGUGGUGCGGUAGGAGCUCAGUCAAAGAUGCAGUAUCCCUUAAAAACAUGGGACAGCAGGACAAAGGAACAGAGAAAUAGGAACAGUUUAGGCCACUAAUGGUUGCAAUUAGUGGAAUGAUUUUUUUUUUUUAACUGUUUGUUUUGUUUUGUUUUUUUCUCCUAUGUGGUGCUUUCAGAACUUAAUUAUUCUGCCUGGGUGCCAUUUUCUGGGAAGAAGAGGAGACCUGUAGAAGUAGUUUUUAAAAAAGAUAGCCUUGUUACUGAAGCAUCUAUGAGCUCUCUUGCUGUGCUAAAAAGAAAAAGAAAAAUGCAUUAAUGCAUGUAAUUCGUAGCUUCUAUUUAUUUGCACAAAGUGCAGCACAUUUUUUCUCCACUGCUUGAUAGCUGAUACGAGGCUGCAGGUUAAAGAUCAGUGGAAAAAUAGCACUGUAAGAAGUGGAGUAACUAUGCAGAAUGAAUAACACACUGAAUAGCAACUGGUGUGAGCGGGGUAGUGGCAAGGUUGUGGUGUGCUGACCAUUGUAGCUUCUAAGUCAGUGUGCAGUCUUUCUACUGACAAGAUUGUUUUCUUCAAUUGACUUUCACUGUCUAGGGCUAAAAUAUAGUCACUUCACCUAACAAAAGAAAUUUAAAAGAGGAAUUUAGAUGGUUAGAGAAGUUUCCUUAUGUGCCUGCCAGGGACUGUGGAACUCAAAUCUUACUCAUUAUCUUUGUUGAUUCCUUGAGAAAGAUUUGGAUAGGUGAUGAGUUGGCAGGAGCAACACUGGAAACACAUUGGCUUCAGUAGAGUCAGGAGAAGGUAGCUUCUCUGCUGGAGAUUAGAAAUCUCUUUUCCUGUUUCUCGCUCAAAUGGCCUUUAUUCAUAUUUUUCUCUCUAAUCUGUCCACUAGGUUUGUCAAUCCCAAAUAUAUAUAAAAAAUAAGGUCAGACAUAGGUCAUUGGUUCUCAAGGUUGUAGCCUUUCUUUGGCCUAGAAAUUAUGCAUUCUUCUGAUGAAUGAAUAAGGAAACAUUUUAAUUGCAUAUUCGUUGAAUGUUGGCAUAUAAUUUCUUUUCUUAUGUGAGGUACUCUUAUUUAAAUAACAUCUGAGAGUUUUGCCAUUUAAAGUAGUUUUCCCAUUUAGAAGUACUUAGAAGACUAACUUUUUUUUUUCCUCAAAGGAAGUCAGACCCCUUUUAGAAAUUUGGAAGCAAAAUGUAUUUUUUAAAGGGAUACUGCAUCUUUAAAGUAACCUUCAGUAGUUAUCCAGUACUGUAUUUACAUUCAGGACUAUAGCUGCAUUCCAGAUGUGCUAGCCACCAUAACAGCAGAAAAGAAAUACGGUGAUUUUGGGGUCCUAUUCACCUAAAAGGAAAAUAUUAUAAAGGGAUAAAGCACAUGCAGUUGCUGGGGAGAUGAUGGGUUUUUCUAUACUCCCACUUCAAGAACACAACAUGUAGAGUUCAAGUCAUCCAUCUGCCGAUAUGUGGUUGGGUCUGCCCAAAUGUCAGCAUCAAGAGAAACAGGUUUUUUUACCAUCACAGUAGAACCUCACUAAUCCAAAGACCUUACAGUCUGCCCAAGAAAACUGAUUUUCCUUGCACUGUUUUAAGAGAGCAGUGUAGUAAGAAUGUGUGAGAUGUAAGACUGCUUGGUUUCAUCAUGCUGUGAACUGUUGCAUUCUGAAGUACGAAUGAGAAUGAUAGAGCUACAUUUAGGAAAUGAAAAGUAUGCUAUAUUUGAGAGCAUACUUUUUUUUUGUCUGAUCUUUGUGUGCUUUUCAUCAGCUGUAACUGGUCUCCCUGACUCGGGGGCAUAUUAGUGAGGUUCUGCUGAAGGAACCAUAUUUAUUUUCUUGUGGGACCAUUUUCACAAACAUGAUAAAUGCCGUUUGUUGUCUUAAAAGUGAGCUGGAAUAUCUACAACAUACAUUCCUGUCAUAGGAAGCUCUAUGGUGCACCUUGAUGUUCUCUUUUAUUGUAAUUAGCAACAUAUCAAUAUUAUUUUUGACACUGUGUGGUACAAAGGCCAUUUGUAAUAACUAACAAAUUUGUUGCUGAUACAAUAAUACAUUUUUUUUUUCUAUACAAAAGUGCUCCUUAAUAUGACAUGUGAACUAAGGAACGGCUUCUCAGCACUUUCAGGUCUUCUGGUAGGAAAAUAAGCCAGCCAAGCAAAAACCUAAAAGUAACCAAGUGAAAAUUGGCAUCCACUGCUAUGCCAGCUGCUGGUGAAACAGCAACUGGGCAAUACUCAUGAGUAAGCAUGAGUGUAGUCAGUUAAUGUAUAUCCGAUUCAUAGUUGAGGAGCCUUUGUAUUGGAAUUGUAUUGCAUUGUAUUUAUACUUGGUAGAGCUAGGAUCUUCUAUUUAAAAAAAAAAAAAAAAAAAAAAAAAAAAAAGAGAGCAACCAGUCUUAGACUUCUAUUUACCUAUGUUUAUAUAAGCCUGCUGGGAAUCCUUAUUUCUAGCUCAGGUUUUCCUGUCCACAGCACAUAAGUCAAUAUUUGUUUGUACUUGCAUCUUGAAAUCUUGAAAUUGUUCUUGUAUUGACUGACAUAAUACAGAAAUAAAUUCUGGCCACAAUAUAGUUUUCCUUUGUUUGAAGAGUAAGAGUGUGACUAAUGUGGUAGGUCACUCAUUCAUGUCAUGUUGUCAUUUUUGUAUCAGGAUUGCAACCUGCAUGUGUGAGGUCAUGAUAAAAUGUAUUUAAAAUGGCAUUAGACUGGAUGGUGCUAUGUUACAUUACACAACUGACCAAACUCUUCCAUAGCGCAGUUCCACUCCUUUCAUUUUGGAGUCAUUGGAGUUGCGCCAAGAAUAAAUUUGAGCAAUUAGUUAGCAACAGUGGUGAGGUGUUGUUACGGAUUAGGUUUAGGGUAUGAAAAUACUCAAAAGCAACCACGGUGAUGUGAGAGCCUGAUUGAAUCCUAGGGUGACUGGAAACCUUACAUGGAUUUUGGUAUCACACAGAUCCUUAGGGGAGAGUGACCCUAGGCCUUUGGUAAGAGCACAGUCACUCGUAGAAGUUAAUUUUGAAUUACUCCUUUUUUUGUUGUUGUUUGAUUGUUCAGAUUUCAGGCUCAAUAUCAUUUUCUAAUGAUCAUGCUGUUUGCACCGUGGGUUGUUAAUAGUUUAUGCACUGAAAAGUGGUGGAAGAAUUACUUAAGAACACACUGCUCUGUGUUUGUGUGUACGUACGUAUGUGUCCCAAUGUCCAGCAUGUAUAAUUUACCUUUUUUUUUUAAAUCUCUGAAAUUGUCCCCCUACUCCUACCCCUGGAGCAGCACUUUUGGGUGAGAGGGAGAAACACUUUUUUCUUUCCUCCCUCUUUGUUGUUUUAAUUGCAUACCUGUGAGAUAUGCAGAUAACGUUAGGGCAUUUGCAGUGAGUGUGUUUAUGUGUUUCUGUUCCAAAAUAAUUUUCCAAGCAGAAACUCCCUUUGAAAUGUUAAAAAAAAUAAUUAAGAAAUGGUGAACUGGAUGCUCCCUGUUUGCAUUUUAUUUAUCUGCUGAGAUCUAGUACAUGAAAUAGCAUUUAAAAGACAAAAAUAAAGGUUGAGCCAUAAAGCGAAAGGUAUGUUCUCUGUAAUAUAGACUUUCUUCUUGAGGGUGGUGCAUGUUGUCAGGGUAAGCUACAGAACGUGCAGAUGAUUUUUCAGGGCCCUGCAAUUCCUUGCACAGUUUUUAAGCUGGUGCAUAUGGUGCUUUAUAAUGCAAUUUCUGAAGUAAAAUUACCUUAUGCUGCACCCCCUUCCCCUUAUGAACACACGCACAAUUUCAGAAUCGUUAUUGUAGCCUCUGGUUUAGCAGUUUCUCCAAGGUGUGGUGAAGUACCAGGAUAAACACUAAACACUCGAGAUGAGCUGAGAAGUGUCACCAAAAAGGAUCAUUUUAGCUGACGCACAUGAAGGGCCCUGCUCUGAACCCUGAAUGACUUCUGCAGUCUCCUGGCAGCAGCGCAGCGGCUCAUCUUCCAUGGCUCUGCAGAGCACUGGGAGGGAAGCAGUGAAAUGUUCAGUGGCUUUAUCAUGGACCUGUGUAGCUAAAUGUUUCUGAAUCUAUGAAAUCCUGUUGUCUUCGGUCAUCAUGCUUUGUCACUGUAAAACCAACAAAAAGGAAAAAAAAGCAUUUUUUAGUCUAAUUUAAGGAGCUGCUUCUUUUAUAGCACAUAAUAUUUCGCUUUGUACUAUAUUUGAUAGUUAAAGAAUAAUUUAGUCCGUAGAAUAACUUCGUUGUAUUUGUACUGUUCAUGAAUGUUACAGAAAAGUGCUUUACUUUGUUGCCAUAAUUCUCUUGUACUGCUGUAAAAUAUUUUUUCUGCUUUAUGGAAACUUAACUCAGUUCAGAUUUUCAGUACAGGGUUUUUUGUGUGUAUGUAUUUUUUUUGUCAGUAUUCUGAAUGUUUACAUCUGUUCAACAUUAGCCAUUCUAUGCCUUUAUAGGGCAGUAUUACUCCUGCAGUAUAACAGCAGUGUGAAAUCCACUCGUACUUAACAUGCAUGAGAAAUACAGAUUUAUUGGGGAGAUCCCUAACGUGCAUAGAUACUUUUUCUAUUUGCAUUCAGUGAAGUAAAUACCCUCCUUCAGUCCUCUACCAAAGAAAAUGUUAUCCCCACAGGACAAGCUCAGAAAGUGGUUCUCUGAAUUUUCAGAAGGGGGUGUAGUUGGUUUCAACAAGAUUGCUACAGUUUAAUGCUGUUAUGCUUUGCUUUGUUACCCUACCAGAUGUGACUGGGUGAAACAAGCAUUUUAGCAAUUUUUUGUGUUUCAAGACAGUGUUUUGUUUAGAAUUCAGGGAUCAUGCUUUCUUUAAUGGUGCUGUUUGUUUUAUUAUUUUUUUUAAGAAAACAACCUUUUGUUGCCUACAGAAAUGACCAUUCACAAAACCAUAAAUUAAAUAAAAUAAUUUGUCUUCAUUACUUUUCUCCCUUUCCUUUCCCCAUUCCCUGUCCCUUGAAAAUAACAACUUGGGCUUCAAUAUUAAAAUAUCCUGGAAAAAAAUAAAGAGAUAAAAUAAUAUUUGUAAUUUGUUUAUUUAUUUAAUGUUCAGUGCCUUAGGCAGGAGAUCCUCCCUGUGCACAUCUGUUGUAUGUACAGGUUGAUGGACUAGAAAUGUGAAAGAGAAAUCAGCCCUUUGUACAGGAUUUUUCAGUUACAAUGAUGUAAGGCACAGUUUGAAUGACUUCUGAUGUAAUUCAAGUAUCAAUCAUCUUAUACUAGUAAAAUAAAACUAGAUGCUGUAUAUUAAGUUAAGUAGAAUUGUUUGUGGAUGAAAGUGACUGUAUUACUUCAGGCAGUUUAUGCUUGGUGUAUUUUAGUGCUUUGCCUCUGCCUGCAACCCCAUCCAGAACAUCCUUCAGAACAGCAACCAUCCCAGCAUGCACUUCCCCGAUUUCCCAUUCCCACAGCAGAAGAAAUUAAAUGUCCAUGGCGCAUGAAAUGCAACCAGUCCAAAUUAUAUUCCUCAGAGCAGUUGUUUCUUCAGGUCUGGAAGGCCUUUCUGAGAUGCAAAUUCAGUAGCCAUUCUAUUAAAAUGUAAAAAACCUCACAAUUUCUAUCAUGUUAAUCUGCAAAGAGAGCUUUGAGUACUGAUGGUGAGGGUGCAAAAUGUUGCAGGAUGAACAACAAACAGCUUUUUCACAAGUUCGCUCAGAAAUAUCCUAAACACCAUCUUUUUUCCAGCCUCCUGUCAUUAUUUCAGAUGCGAUACCAUCUGAGGGUCUUGUUAGCAGCAGAUGACAGCCUUGUCUGCCAAAAUCUGUCCAAAGGCAGAAAGAAGGCAAUAUCAACCUCUGUAAUUUAUAAUUGAGUGAUCUUUUUUUCAUAUCCAAUACCCAUCUAGCAAACCCCCUCAACAUCUACUGUCAUGCAGAUAAUUUCAUUUAGUUUGUUCUGGUUAGAAUUAGUUAUUUUUGCACAGGCCUGAGCCAAAGCAGGCAGUAACAGCUUUUUUUAAAUUAUUUUAUUUUUCAUCUAAGCAAUGCAAUGUAAAUAAUUUUGUUUAAACUGUACUAGCUAAAUAUUAACUUUCAUCCUUUCCCUAAUUUUAAACCUGUAAAACAAUUUUGUGCAUUUUUAUUGCUGGUUUUUCUGAGGGGUUUUCUAAGGACCCUGCAAAUGUUGUGAAGUGAAGCCUUGUGAUUGCUUUCAUGUCGGUGCGCUGUCUCUGCCAGGGUGAGCCCAGCGUUACCCAGGCGGUUCAGCCAGCAGAUGGCAUCAGGAGAAAACAUUGGCUGCUGUGGUCUGCGAGCAUUCCUGUCUCCUCUUGCAGGGAGAAAGCCUGCCACGAAUACAGAGCGUUUCUGGGCGUUUCUGGGUUCGUCUUCCUUUCGUGCAGAGCUUUAGCUGCAGUGAAAACAAACCUUCCUUCGUCCUUCCCAGUCCUGGAACUUGGCUUUCAGUAGAAAUUAUGCCCUGAAGCUCACAUCAUCCUUUCCUGCUCUUGGCACUGUCUGAGUCGUGCAGUCUGGAAUUGAAGUAAUGAUACACUGGAAAAAAUUCUUCCCCCGGCCAGAGUCGCAGCUUUUUUUUCCCCACCCCGCAGUUUCCUUUGUCACUCGUGGAUGAAGAGCGGCAGAACAAAGCUCUUUGUAUUGAGGUGCUCCACAGAAUAUAAUAUGAAGGUAUUAGCACGGCUUGGUGUGCAGAGGGUGUGCUGUUACCAAGCCUGGCCUUUGUUGAAUGGCAGGCUUGCAGUGGAAGUACCCUCAAGCAUGGAAUGGAACAGUUUCAGUUGGAAGGAAUCUUAAAGACCAUCUAGUUCCAACUUCCCUGCCAUGGGCAGGGACACCUUUCCCUAGACCAGGUUGCACAUAACUCCAUCAGCCUGACCUUGAACACUUCCAGGAACAGGGCAUCCACAGCUUUUCUGGGCAAUCUGUUUCAAUAUCCCACCACCUUCACAGUAUAAAAUUUCUUGUUAAUAUCUAAUCUAAAUCAACCUAAAUCUAAUCUAAACCUAUUCAGUUAAAAUAUCUUGGAGCACCACCACCUUGGAGACAGCUUUCCAUGCUAAGGUAGAUAGCUACACGUUACCUUCUGGUAACUGCUUGUGGAGGCAGAGUACAUUAUUUGCACGGCUGGGUUUUUAUAGAAACUGAGCUAGACAUAGAAAUAAAGCCACAUUCAUUGAGAUAAUUCAGGAACCUGGACAUUGGCACUCUGCAAAUACAUAGGAGGCAAUGAUAAGAGAAGCUUGUAUCUCCGUGAGAUGUCAAGGAAUUGCUUUUAAGUAUUGAAGAUUCAUGCUCAGAGCUUGGGAGAUGCCUCUUGAUUCACCAUCAGUGAUGGUAUGAACAGUUUCAUAUAGUCAUGGGGGCAAAAUACCUGGGUUGUACUUUUUGGAAACUGAUGACACUGGAUAAAUGUGAGUUUCUAUGUACAGGUCAACUUUCUGUUCUGUUUCUUUUGUCCUGAUCUUGUAGAGCUUAUUUCAUCCAUCCGUUUUAUCUCCAUGUCUUUCCAACAAAAACUGAGAGCUUUCUUCAGAUAUCUCUGGGAUCCUAAUGCAUCUACCAGCAGGACAGAAAAUAGUUUAAUAUCCUGCAUAGAAAAAAACAAUUUGGAAAUACACUGAUUAUACUGGACAGUUGGCUUCCAUUAAUAAGAAAUCAUUGCUAUAUUGAGAAAAUAAAUUAUUGUUGUUAUCAAUAUAAAGGAGGAGAUGUGAGGAGUUUUUUAAAUAUUGGUCUUUGCUGUAGACUUAUUUGCUUCUGAUUUCCAACUGAUCCAUUCAGCAAAUCAUUUUUCCAUUCCCCUUGAUUGAGAAUUCUCAGCCCAACAUCUGCCGUGCAGAAUCUUUGCUACUGCUGUGUAUAUUUCUGGCAUUUAAAGGAGCAAAUCUGGACAAUGGUGGAGAGAAUUGUACACAGUGCCUCGAUCUUCACUCAUUUACCUCAGCAUUGUGCGGAAUAAGAUGGAGUCUUUGGAAAAAAUAAUGAAACUAGCUGUGGAAAUGCAGUAACACAUGUUCCUUAACUUCCUUGAGAUUAUUGAGUGAAAAAGUCUCUGCCUCAGUUUUUUUAAUGAGGGUGAACAGGAGCUGACCUGCAGGAGUCAGAACAGACCUUUGUCCCAAGUUCCAUCCAGAAGUGAGCAUUUACAGUUCAGCAAGUCCAAAGUGUCCUCAGAAUAUUAGGAAAACAGAGCCAACAAAGAUAAAAUCAUAGAAUUUUUAAGGUUUGACAAUAUCUCUAAGAUCAUCCAAUCCAACUCAUUGUCAGCCUAGUCUGUCACAGGAAAGAAGCAUGGAUGAUGAGAUAGCAUAGAGAAAAAGAUUCAUAGUUCCAUUUUUGGAACAAGUGAUCCUGCCAAUUGUUUUAAUUUUUUAGUAUCUGCAGAAUUUCAAGCAUUAAGAACAUCUUUUGUAGCUCUAAAUUCAGAGAGAAACUGAAAUAUUUGAGGAAAAACAGGUUCCAUAUCUAAUUGAUAGGAUAAAAUUACAAAAAUUCAUGGCUAGUUUCUUAAAAACUAUGUUUGAGGGUAUUUCUCUGGUUAUAAAAUUUAAGUUACUAUGUUAUUAACAUUAUUCAAAUUAAUAGUCUUUUUUUCUAUUUUCUAAAAUAGGGAUUUCACAGCAUUAGUUUCCUGGUUAUAAAAUUAUUUGCUUGCACAGCCACACAAGUCUUAAUUAUGUUCUUUGUUGUGCAGGACAGCUCAAAAAGAAAUUCAGAAAUACAUUCCGUGUCACCUAUUUCAGAUAAGUAUGCUAUGUUGCCUAGAAUGAAUUAAUCUAAGUUGGAGGGGAAAUCUUUUUUGUCAUUUCAGUUCCUUCAAAAUCAAAUGAAAGGGCAGUGAAAAUAACCAUGGGUUUCAAGGGAAUUUGAGGAGUAUUACUGGAUUUGGGGAAGGUACCUUCUCCAUUUUGCAUCUUCUAAAUUUUUUGAGAAAUAAUGUCAAGACCUUUAUGAAGUGUGGAAGUGACAGCAAAGAGGAAUUAUAUGUACAAUGGUGCCAGUGGUACUCCAAUACUUAAUAAAAAAGGACUUAGAGAAACUUGGGCAGAAAAUGAAAUAACUCUUGUGAGGAAUAGAAAGAAAUACAUGUGAGGUGCCAGUCACAAGGGGUUCUUCCCUCUGGCAUCUGAUGAUUGUGACAUGGUUGCAAAAAUAAAAAGAUUAAGGACAACUGGAGCAGAGCAAAGCAUUAGAAAAGUGGGCUGUGAAGUACAUUUAAACCAGGAUUAAGCAUUACAGAAUUUUGUCUGCUGCAAAAAGAAGGCUGAUUUUAUUCACAUAAUUUAGAAUCUAAGAAAUAGGAUUGCCAGAAAUCCAAAGGCCAGUUUGUCUCUGGUGCUCCUCAGUAGUCUCUCACUGCUGAGGGUGGUGCUGGUGGUGAAGAUCUGCUUCACACACCCUGCACGGCCUUCACUCAUGGGCAGUUUGUUUCAGCACUUCACUGUUCUUACACUUAAUUAGAGGGUUUAUCCUAAUGUUUAACCCAGAUCUUCCUUGCUGCUGUUUAAGCCCAUUCAGUCUUAUCAACUCUUCACAGGCAUGGAAAAUAACUUCUUCCUAUACUCUUUCCAGCAGUCUAUUAGAUAUCUAGGCUGUUCAUUUUUCUCUCUUGCUUUUCCAUUGCUUAAUUCAAAUAAUCCUGAUAAUCAGCUUUUCUUGAUAGGUCAUGUUUACAAAACUCCUAAUUAUCUUCUGUGGACUCCCUCCAGUUAGUUCAGAUUCUUUCUAUUUUCAGAUCCCAAGAGUGGAUGUAUUAUCUCAGUUUGAGGCUGAGCAGAAAGGUGGGACUGGUCUGUAUACCCUAGAGACUAAAAUUGUACCCUGCGUCCCAGAUCAGUGUUUGGUUUAUAUGACUUGGAUUCAGUUUGGGCCCAGAAAUCCCCUGCAUCCUUUUCAGUAAAGCUGCUCUUAGCUUCUCUUCCCUGUAUUUGAAUAUUAUGUUAAAAUUUGAAGAAUUAUUUCUAAGUAUAGAAUAUUCUGUUUAUCAGUACUUAGUGAUAUUAUUUGCUUUUAAACCAUAACUUGAACUUGUCCAAAUCAUUUUAAAAUCCAGUCGUAUCUCUCAAGAAGCUUGCAGUAUUUCAGGAUAACUCCUCUUGAAGGGUCCUCAGUAAGUCAUCAAGCCCAGUUUUCAAGUUGGUGUGCCACCACUCAUCUCAUUGACUGAAAUGCUGCAAGGAACCAGAGCCAAGCCAGAACUGACUCUGCUGCAGUUGCUGCCAUGACUGUGUCAGAAUGGUUUUCGCCCUAUUUUUUACCAAUUGAUUUACACUCUUGCCUAGACCUUAUCAUUCCAGUUUACUUAUGAAAAUGUCAUGGAAAUAAUGGUAAAAGCUUUACUGAAAUGUAAGUGUGAGAUCUACUGCUCUUAAGUCCACAGAGCCUGUUACUCUGUUAGGGAGGGAGAUUAGACUGGGUUGGCUCAGCUUCUUCACCAGUUCAUGUUGACUGUAGCUGGUUUAUUUUUUUAUCCCUCAGGGUGCUUAUAAACCACUGAGUUGCGUUGACACUCUUCUAGAGAAUGAAAUAAAGCUGAUGAUACUAA